CUCUCCAACCUUUCUCCCUCAGGUAUGGCGCUGACGGUGGACGUGGUGGGACCUGCACCCUGGGGCUUCCGCAUCUCGGGCGGCAGGGAUUUCCACACGCCUAUCGUGGUGACCAGGGUAACUGAGGAGGGCAAGGCCGAAGCUGCUGACCUCCGGCCUGGUGACAUUAUUGUGGCCAUCAAUGGUGAGAGUGCGAACAGCAUGCUGCAUGCCGAGGCCCAGAGCAAGAUCCGCCAGAGCCCCUCGCCGCUGAGGCUGCAGCUGGACCGGCCUCAGGUUGCCUCUCCCGGGCAGACCAAUGGGGAAAGCUCCCCCGAAGUGCUGGCCACUCGCUUCCAGGGCUCCAGGAGGACACAUACUGACAGCCAGUCCUCCCUGCGGUCUUCCUGCUCCAGCCAGGCCUCCCUCAGCCCACGGCCAGGCAGCCCCUUCUCCACCCUGCCCCCUGCCAGCCCCCAGGCCCCCGCGGGAGAGGUGGUGACCAGCCACAGUUUCCAGAGCCAGGCAUACUCCCCGGAACCCACUACUGCUGACCACUUGUCCUACAGGGGCCGCCCCGGAAGCCGACAGGCCGGCCUGGGCCGUGCUGGCGACUCGGCUGUGCUGGUUCUGCCGCCACCACCUUCCCCAGGUCCCCGUUCCUCCAGCCCCAGCGUGGCCUCGGAAGGGGAAAGCCACCUCCUGAGAGAGGACUCAGAAGUCUUCAAAAUGCUGCAGGAAAAUCGCGAGGCACGGGUGACCCCCCGGCAGUCCAGCUCUUUUCGGCUCUUGCAGGAAGCCCUGGAGGCUGAGGAGAGAGGUGGCACACCUGCCUUCCUGCCCAGCUUGCUGAGCCCCCAGUCCUCCCGGCCCACUUCCAGGGCCCUGGCCAUCCCACCCAAGCUCCACACGUGUGAGAAGUGCAGCGCCAGCAUCGCGAACCAGGCCGUGCGUAUCCAGGAGGGGCGGUACCGCCAUCCGGGCUGCUACACCUGCGCUGACUGUGGCCUGAACCUGAAGAUGCGAGGGCACUUCUGGGUGGGGGACGAGCUGUACUGCGAGAAGCACGCCCGCCAGCGCUACUCCGCACCGCGCACCAUCAACUCCCAGGCCUGA